UCGAAAUUUUAAAAUGUCUUAAAGGUUUUAAAACAGGAAAGUGCCCGGGAGAGGAUGGACUCCCCGUGGAAUUUUAUGUUACCUUUUAUGACAUUUUAGCCAAUGACAUGUUGACUGUUUUUAAAGAAUUUGACGAACUCGACCGACUUCCUGACAGCUUUAGGAUAGGGAUAGUUUCAUUACUUCACAAAAAAGGUGACAGGACUGACUUAAAGAAUUGGAGACCAAUCACACUUUUAAAUUUUGAUUGUAAACUUUUUAGCAGACUUUUAGCACUACGUAUGUCAACUGUUUUAGAGGACGUGAUCCACCCGGAUCAAGUCUGUGCCGUACCUGGAAGGAGGAUCACGGACAGCCUAGUGCUGGUCCGGGACGCCAUCUGUUUUGCGAGAGACAGACAUAUUAGGCUUCUAGUACUAAAUUUAGACUUUGAGAAAGCUUUUGAUCGGGUCUCGCACCAGUACCUUUUAAAGGUACUGCAAAAAAUGGGGUUUCCAGGGAGGUUUUUAAAGUGGGUGGGUUUGCUGUAUACAGAAAUAUACAGCAGAAUUCGCGUAAAUGGGCACCUUACAAAUGCGCUUAGUGUGCGCUCUGGCGUCCGCCAGGGGUGUCCGUUAUCCCCACUCCUGUUCGUUGCAUGCAUCGAGCCGCUGGCACAGAUAUUGAGAAGGGACAAAUGGAUCAAAGGACUUGACUUGCCAGGUGGACUGACCGCGACAUGCACUCUCUACAUGGACGACGUGACCCUUUUAUUAAACGACGUUUUAUCGGCCCAAAGAGCACUCGACUUGACUGACUGGUACGGAAGGGCCUCGGGCGCCAAGCUCAACAGGAGCAAGUCCGAGGCCCAGCUCUUUGGGCCGUGGGGUGACGUAAGACCAAAUCUGGCAGUAAAUUUUAAACAGACGGACAUAAGGAUUUUAGGCAUUAAAUUUGACAAUGAGGGUGGUGGACGGGGCAACUGGACUGACGUGUUAGGGAAAGUCAGACAACGACUGGGGUUCUGGGGACUGAGACAGAUGACAUUUGAAGGUAAGGUUUUAAUUUUUAAAGCUGUCAUCUUACCCCUGCUUUUAUUGCUGUGUUCUGUCUUUAGUCCCCCCAGGAGCUUUCUUUUAGGUGUGGAGAGAGCGGUGUUUUAUUUCAUGUGGGGGUCCAAGUGGGAAAGACUCAGAAGGGAGGUCCUGAAAAAAAGACACGAAAAUGGAGGAAAGGGCCUCCCGGACCCCCACCUGUUUUUAGGAGCCCAUUUCACCGCCCUCCACAUCAAGUAUGCGACGACCCCAUCCGGAGACAGUAAGACAGCGACCCUAGCCCGCUUCUGGAUGGGGUCGUACCUGAGAAAGCUGAAAGUUUUAAAAACAGAUCUUAAACGUCCAGUUGCUUUUAACCUGCCCCCACAAUAUGUUUUUAUCAAAAAGUUUUUAAUGAGAUUGGACUUAGAGGGGCAGGAUGUCACUAUUUUAACUAAUGCAAAAACUCUUGUCUCUCUUGUGCAGGACCGGGAAGCAGUGAGCCCCGUUCCCGGCCUCACACUCAGUGAGGCCAAGCAGGCUUGGAGGAACGCUGCCCACCCCGCCCUCCAGAACAAGCUGAAGGACCUGGCGUGGAUGGCGCUCCAUGAGGUCCUCCCGGUCAGAGCCGUGAUGCACUCCCGGGGCAUGGCCAGAACCAACACCUGCCCGCGGCCAGGAUGCGGCCAACCUGAGACCGUGCGGCACCUGCUCUGGGAGUGCGGCGUGGCGAGGGACCUGUGGGCCGAUACCGGCCCCCUGCAAUGCCCGAGCCUGCCAGCAGGGGAGGUCCCCCCAAGCUACCAGCUUGUGGUCAGCGGGGUGGGCCAGGGCGCCACCACCAUCCCAGCCGCCGACUUCGCCGCGCUCUGGCUCACCCUAAACAGCUUUAAAGCCGCACUGUGGACCUCCCGCAACCUGCUGGUGGGGAAGCGCGUGACGGUACCCCUGCCAGCGUUACGGCGGCUGGCGACAUCUACGCGGCAGGAGGCGCCGCGCGUCGCCAUUCGGAGGAGGGGGCCGGGGGCUCAAGCAGAAGGUUCCCGCCCCCCAUGGCUGCUGGCUCCCGCCGACGCACCCCCACUACCAUCACGGGACGGAGCAGCGGGCGGAGGGGAGGACCUCCACUGGGCGCAUCCGCGCUUGCCUCGCUCUUCUGGAGAGCGGGGUGGAGCCUCUUGGUAG